AUGGCCGACGGACUCAACGAAGCUCGUGCUUUGCGCGUGGCAGAGAUCAUUAACGACUACCGGACCCUUCUUGUGCACAUCUCCCAGCAAAAUGUCCAAGUCCCAAGAGAAGAAGUCAACGAGGAAGGGUACAAAGCGAUCAGAGAAGGUCUGGCCGCUGCACAGGCUCUGAUGUCAUCCAACUUCAACCCCAGCAUGGCACCCGCCCAGUCCAACGUGGAGACGGAAAAGGCAGAACUCCAGAGAGUCAUUCUCGAUGCCAGCUCCCGGCGCUUCCAGGCGCAUCGCAUCUACCUCCGGGUGGCCGCCGCUAGAAGAUGGGCCAUCAAUCGCCAGAACAUCCUCCGGGGCCAGCGCGCAGGACCACAGCACGCCCCACAGCUUAAGACCGUGAGCAACACAUUCCACCAGGAACUGGCCCAAGUAACAGACCAGCACGUCGUUGCUGAUCUCCGGGCCGCGGACAUGCGGGCUGGCCAUUGGCUCGCCGAUGACCCAGCGCUGCCUGUGAUCCUUAACUGGAUUCGCUCUCAUCCAUAG